AGGUAUAUUUAGUAACACCCUAUUUUUUAUAUAAAUCAAGGUGAAAUAUUGAAAAGAGUUGAUUAUAAUUAAUUAAAUUAUACAAAUAUUUAAGAACGAGAAGUAUUUUUUUUUCUUUUAAUAUUUGUCAUGCUUUAGAAAGAUUGGGUGGACGAAUUAAACAGAGAAUGGAACGGGCCUUAAAACAGAAGUCCAUCAUUGCAAAUAUUGGAUCCAAAGCAGCUUUUAUUCCCACAUGAGGGUGAAGAGGACAAAGAGACAUGAUUUCUCGUCGACCCGAGGCCCAGAACAUCUCGGAUGGUGGGCCCAGAAAGGAUCACCCACGUGCGUGUCGCUCACGUGCCCAGCAUGCACGUUGGCUUAAAUAGCCAACCGCUGUUUCCUCCUGACCCGCAUCAAUUCCCUGUCGGACUAUUCGCCCACGUGUCCGAAGAUCAAGAAGAAUCUUUAUUUGAAGGUCGAUUGGAAUCUACGUCCUUGAAGAAGAUCUUUGAGAAGAAAGAAAAGGAUGCUGCAGAAUCGAAUGAUCAGGCUUUGAAUGCAAUCUUCGGAGCGGUUGACAGAAAUCAGUUCCGUCUUAUCUCAAAUUGCACAGAGGCUAAGAGAGCUUGGGACAUUUUGCUUAUUACUCAUGAAGGCACUACAACAGUCAAGACAGCCAAACUUCAGAUCGUGAUGUCUAAAAUUGAAAAUCUUAAGAUGGAGGAUACUGAAUCUAUCACAAACUUUCAUGGGCGAGUUAGAGAGUUGGCAAAUGAGGCUGAAAGGCUUGGUGAACCAAUUACAGAACACAAGUUGGUGUUGAAAGUUUUACGUUCUCUUCCAGAAAAAUACUCCAUGGAUGUCAAAGCUAUUAGACAAACACAAUCUCUAAAUACUAUGUCUCUUGACGAGCUGAUGGGGAACUUAGAAACCAUUGAGUUGGAGAUGCAUGAAGAUCUACGGCGUAAAAAGCAGCAUGUCAUCCUCGUUGAAAAAGAGAAGCAGUGUGUUAAAGACAGUGCUGGAACAGGCUGUGCUUUUCCAACUUUCCAUAGUGUUGACGGUGACUCUGGUAGUGACGUGGAUCCAAAGGAGAUGCUUAUAAUUGUUGAAGAAAAAUUUCAAGAGUCUCUACGGGUCAACAAGAAAAAAUGUUUGGAAAAUGAUAGCCUCAAACGUGAACUUGCUGAAUCAAAACGCGAUGUGGAACAACUCAUCAAAGAGUUACGGAGAUACAAAGGUAAAGUUACAGCAGAGGAUGACACAGAGGAUGAUACAGAAGAUGACACAGAGGCUGACACAGCAGAAGAGCUAGCUAUUCUCCAAAGGAAGUGGGUAGAACUUGUUCAAGCCAACCAGAAAACUGUCCUAGAGAAUCAUCAGCGUGUUGCCGAGCGCAAUAGACUAAAGGAGAGUAAUUCAGAACUAGAAAAGAAGAUUGAAGACUUAGAAGGGCAACAAUCACAUAUCAAGUAUGAAUUAAAUCAACUCAAAAACUUUCACAAGUGGAUGAGAAGUGCUGGAGCAAAAGCUAUUGAGGAACAAGUGAACGUUUCAAAAUUUUAUGGAGACAAGACAGGUCUCGGAUUUUCAGGUUCUGAAAGCAAAAAGACCCCACUUGACUUGUUUGUUGAUCGAAGAAAGGAAAUUGCUCAAAAAGUCCCACAAGGAAGGAAAACUGAAGCUGCUGCAUCUGCUGGAACAUCUUCUGCCAAACCCGCUGAAGCAUCUCAUGAAGCUUCUGCUAGAACAGUUUAUGCAGCACCCUAUGCAAAAAGGCAAAGAGUUGUGACACAAUCUAGUAUGAGAAGACACAAGGAUCCUUAUGCUAAACCUGAAAGGUAUUCUUAUACUAAUGUCUAUGCUAAUUAUGUUUGUUUUUGCUGUGGAAAAAGGGGACACAUUCAGAGGAAAUGCAAGAUUUUUAAAGAGCAAAGAUACAGAAAAAAGAAUGUGACAACAAGGAUGAUUUGGGUACCUAAGAAUCAGUACAAAACAGGUGAUAAUCCUUGUGUGAAGGAUGUUGCUUCUGAUCAAUGCCAUGUUAGUAGUGCAAGCUUGCAUCAAGAAGAAAAGAAAAUGGAUUCUUGUGCUGUUAAGAGUGCUGAAUCACCUCAUAAGUGUGAUGAAGUGACACCUCCUAGUCAUGAGAGUGUGCAGUUUAUGGCUAUGAAAAAACGGGCAUUGGAUGCAUCGUCUGAGGGGGAGUCGCUCAAGUGUGGCAAAGAUGCUGUCUUGCCACCACUGGUUGAGGUACCCUUUGCAGCAGCUUUUAACAGUCCUGAAACAGAAAACCGAAACUGCAUUUCUGGUGUACACGCAAGGAAUGAAAGAAGGAAGAAAGUUAUCGAUGCGAUACUACAAAAAUACAAGGACGGCAAACUUCAGCACGGUUGUAUUAAGUCAGUAGCUAAUGACUUCAAGAUUUCAGACCGUUCGGUUAGAGACCUAUGGAGAAUUGCUAAAGCUCAACUGGACACAGGCCUUGCUAUUGAUGUUGCCUGUAGGUGGCAAGGAAAUACAGGGAAAAAAUCUCUGACUAAGGACUUUUCCAAGCUUAGCCAGAUUCCUUUUCACCAACGCCAGACCCUACGUGCAGUAAGUCAUUGCUUGAAUGUGUCUACUACAACAGCACACAGGUGGCUGAAGGAGAAAAAGAUAAAAAGACAUUCUAAUGCCAUAAAGCCAUUUCUGUGUGAAAAAAGCAAGCCCAAAGCAACAUUCUACACACUGCCAGGUGAAGAUGACCCAUACAGAACCACCCAGUCUAAAACACACAUUCCCAAAAUAAUGUUUCUAGCAGCUGUGGGUAGGCCAAGGUUUGGGGUGGAUGGUGAAGUGAUAUGGGAUGGAAAAAUUGGCAUUUUUCCAUUCACUUUUGAAGAGGCUGCUAAAAGGGCUAGCAAAAACAGGCCAGCUGGUACCAUGGAAAUCAAAGCAGUACCAAAAAUAACAAGGGAUGCAAUGAGAUCCAUGAUGAUUCAGCAGUUGCUGCCAGAAGUGGCCAGGGACAAGCAAGCAAGUUAUCAUACAACAGGAUAAUGCUAAACCACAUAUAGAUAUUAAUGAUUCUGAAUUUGUGAGUGCUUCAAAGGAAGGUGAUUGGGACAUUCAACUACAGUUUCAGCCCCCAAACAGUCCAGACUUGAAUGUCCUUGACCUUGGUUUCUUUAGGUCAAUAGAUGCUUUGUCAGACAAGACUGCACCAAGGUCAAUGAGGGAGUUGAUCACCAAUGUGACCAUGUCUUAUGACCAACUCACAGCCCAGACCUUAAAUAAUGUUUUCCUUACCUA